UGGGCACCGCGUCAUCUGGCAAGACAGUGGGCACCAAGUCACCAGGCACGACAGUGGGCUCUGACUCAAUUGGCACGACAGCGGCAUCGGGUCACCAGGUAUAUGACAGCGGGCACUGGGUCACCAGGCAUCAGGUCAUUUGGCUUGCCAGCGGGCACCGUGUCAUCUGGCAAGGCAGUGGGCACCGGGUCACCAGGCAUUGGAUCGUCUGGCUCGACAGCGGGCAUCGGGUCACCAGGUAUGACAGCGGGCACUGGGUCACCAGGCAUCAGGUCAUUUGGCUCGCCAGCAGGCACUGCGUCAUCUGGCAAGGCAGUGGGCACCGAGUCACCAGGUACGACAGCGGGCUCUGAGUCAAUUGGCACGACAGCGGGCACCGGAUCAGGUACCGAAUCAUCUGGAUCAACAGCGGGCAUCGAGUCAACUGGCCUAAUAGGAUCAUCAGGCUGGAUCAGCUGGGUACAGACAUCAGGUUGAAGUGCGGGUGCCGAGGCACCAGGCUGAACCAUGGAAGGCAGGUUCUCAG